CCAAUUCUACCCGCAUCUCCCCGUGACCUUCUUCCUCGAUUUCUUCUUCUUCUGCAGAUCUGCACAGAAUUUUCCUUCACUUUCGCGCGAAAAGUAGAAGGAAAAGACACAUAUUAGAAAGAAAAUGUCUCAUAGCGACACAAUACCUCUACAUGCCUCCUCCCAGUCCGACAUCGAUGAGAUCGAGAACUUAAUCCACGCCAGUGUGCAGUCGGGCCCCACCACUGUGCUCCCGGCCCGGCCUCCCAGUCCACCUCGAGCCUCGAUCCCCGUCUCUUCCGCUCCAUUUAUCCAGUCCAACCUCCCACCGCUUCCGCCGUCGUCCAACCAGAAGGUGCCUCCUGUCCCUGCUCCUCCUCCGCCUCUUCCGCCAUCCAGUAACUCCAGUAGCUCCCGGCCUAACAUCACGCCCAGCGGGUUCGGUUCACCGCCAAACACGUUGACUGAGCCGGUGUGGGACACGGUGAAGCGGGAUCUGUCGAGGAUCGUGAGCAAUUUGAAGCUCGUGGUGUUCCCUAACCCCUAUCGUGAAGACCCCGGUAAGGCGUUGAGGGACUGGGAUCUUUGGGGGCCAUUCUUCUUCAUCGUGUUCCUCGGCCUCACUCUUUCAUGGUCCGCGUCGGUCAAGAAGUCAGAGGUCUUUGCUGUUGCGUUUGCACUACUUGCAGCUGGUGCUGUAAUCUUGACAUUGAAUGUCCUGCUACUGGGCGGACACAUAAUUUUCUUUCAAAGCCUUAGUCUUCUGGGCUAUUGCCUGGUCCCUUUGGACCUUGGAGCUCUGAUUUGUAUGGUGAAGGACAAUGUGAUAUUAAAAGUGACAGUGGUUUGUGUGACGUUGGCUUGGAGCUCCUGGGCUGCUUAUCCUUUCAUGAGUUCAGCAGUCAACCCAAGAAGGAAAGCCCUUGCCCUCUACCCCGUUUUUCUCAUGUAUGUAUCUGUUGGUUUUCUCAUCAUCGCCAUCAACUAAUGCAUCUUUACUACCGGGAUUCUAUUAAACAGUCUAAAAAACACACAGUUAUAUAGGAAAUUCAUGUCGUGGAAAUUGUCUUUGCAUGUCAUUUUUGACGACUGAUUUUCAAAGCCUAGACCUGCCAAAUGUAUGUAGAAUGGAACUUGUGUUUUUCUGUUCUUGUGUCUUUUGAAGUGAUGUACUGAGAGAUUGAAGCUGAAAGAAAUUGAUAAACAACAUUUUGGUCCUGUUUAGUCCUGAGUUUGUUUUAUCUGGUACAAAAUAAUGCCUUGAUCU